AUUAGAGCAAGGGACUAACGACCUCCAUCGUCCUCUUCUGAUUCUUGUGGAGAUUAAGAAAGCGUGUCCUCUGCGUUUAUAUCAUAGAAAACUAUGGAGUUGAUCUUUUCUAUAGAUUUUUGAAUGUUUAUUUGGUUUUCUGUUGUCUCUUUGACUUCCUUGCUUGCUUCAGAGCUUUGAGCUCUCUCAUGCAUCUUUCAGGUUUUACAAGGGUGUGAGCCUAUUAGUUGAAAUCAAGCAUCGGAUUUCAGGCUUUAAGGAAUCAUUUCUUGUUGUGUUCAACAUGGGAAGGGAAUUUCAUGAAUAUUCCGAUGAUGUUGAAUUCGAAAGUUACCAUCCAGGAUGCAUGCAGGGUAUCUUUAAUGUUCUUGACUACCAUCACUGGUGUAAUGUCAAGAAGAUGUUCGCACACAGAAAGUACAUCAGAGGAAGAAACGCCAGAUGCUGUGCAAAUCCAAAAACUAUGUCUAUGGAACGUGAACCUGGUGGAACCCAAAGAUUUUUAGGUGGUGAGGCGGGUCACAACCAAGUUCAACAGCAUGCAAGAAAAACAGGCUCAACCAACAAAAGUUCUGGUGAAGCCUACACAAAGGGGUUAGCUGGUAAAGAGAAGUCUAAGGAAGAGAACCAUAAGCACUGGAUUUUGGGCUUUCUUGCAAGAUCACAGCUACAGCAAACUGAUUCAACCCAUCAUCUGCAACCUUCAGGUUUUGGUCUUGGUUAUUUGAAUCCAGUUGUUCUCGUCCGCAAGAGAGCUAACAACUCUGGGACCAGCUUGACUUCCUCUAUGUCGGAGUUUCUGAGGAAACAAGUUACAAAGAGCAAAAAGUCUGAUAUCCAUGACAGAGUGAAUGCAGACAGUCAGUUGGAACACAAGGAGAUUGAAAAGCAUACUCUCUUCCAGAAGAAGCUCGAUAAAAAAAGGGGAACCAGGACCUUAAUAAAUCAGAAACCAAUGGCUAAGAAGCUUAACAUUUCAGAUAAUCAGGUUAAGGAGGGCUUGGAUGUUCUGGAGAUAUUGAAGGUAUCCAAAAAUUUAUUCCUAGAUAUUCUGCAAGAUACGGAGGUUGGUAUUUCACAGCAGUUUCCUGGAAAGCAAACUUCCAAGACAGUAAGAUUAGCAAAAUCAGGGUCAUUUCCUGUAUCUGGUUCAGCACGCACUAGAUAUCUUAGGUCUUGUACACUUGAGCACAAGCAGAGAGAAGUUUGGUCCUUCAGAAAAGGAGAAAAAUCAUGCACUAAUUCUCAAUUAUCUAAGUCAAGGGUUUUUACAACUGAUGAUAGUUUUAGAAACAUCUUAACGGAAGAAGCAAGCUCUUCAUCCCCAGGAUCUGAUUCCCCAAGGUGGAAUCAUUUAAUUAUGAAUCAUCUCAAGGAUAUUAAGCAGAGAAUAAAGCAGGCCCUCAGGGAAAGGAGAAAGAGUAUUAACCACACAAUGGUGGAUGGACUCACCCUUCAUGUUUCUUCAAGAGAUGCAUUAUCCACAUAUGAGAGAGAGAUGUCUGAAAGCUUGGAAAAGACAACUGUGGAGCAACGUGGCAUAGACUAUUUCAAUUGUUCUUAUCAAACCAAUGCUUCUGGUCUUGAUCCCAGCAAUGGCAGACUCAACAGGAUAAGAAGAACAAAGUCUAUAAAUGAGUCACUAGAUAGAUAUACUCAGUUGUUUGAGCAUAGUGUAAGCAAAGAGGCCAAUUUACUUCACUCUAAGAGCUUAAAAUUGACCAACGAAGAUAAAGUUCCAUCAAAAGUCUGUGCUCCGAAAUUUUUCAGAAGGAUUUCCUCUCUAUCUGAUCUUGACUCCUUUUGCACUCUUCUACAUGAGGUGUCUCGUGAAGCUCUUUCUUCAGAGAUGCCAAUCAGAACUGUUGUAAAUUAUGAUGCAAACAAGGAAAGUGCUGGGCAUAAUGAACCAAAAUCAAUUAGUUUUCCUCGAGAUAUAAAAAAAUUUGAACUAGUAGAAGCUGUUCUAGAGGCUCAAUCACAGGAAAAAUUGAUAGAAGGAAAUAACCGCAGUUCAACUGGUUUAUUAGUGGAUGGAAAUCGUAAAGAAAUUGUAAAACCAUUUGACUUCGAUGAAGAUAUGGUUGAGCUGGAAAUGGAGAAGAGAAGUCCUCACAUAGAGCAGAAGAUUGUUUGUGCAGUCAAUCCAAGUGUAGAGAUUGCACAACCAACUUUAGAUUCAGAUGACAUAACCAGUUGGGCAGAGCAUCCAGUCUCAGAAGGUUUAGAAUUGCAUCGUCCGAUAAACCUACAUGAAGAUGAAGCAGAGUCUUUUACCAUCUUAGAAGACCGAUGCACAAUAAGUCACGAAUAUCUUGAACAUGAAACCGUUGGGAUCAGCAGUCGCUUCCUAUUCUUUGAAUCAGACAAGGAUGCUGAUCCUUGCUACACUUAUGUGAGAGAUGUUCUUGCGCUCUCAGGUUUCAUACAAAAUGAGUACCUCCAGACAUGGUACUCACCAGACCACACAUUGAGCCCUUCAUUGUUCAAGGAAUUGGAGAUUUUGUUGCACCCUGAAAUGGAAUGCUCCAUUGAGGAAGUUGGUAGCAACUGUGAUCAUCAGCUUGUUUUUGAUCUAGUUAAUGAGGCACUUCUUGAGAUAACUGAAAAACCAUCUAUAUACUUCCCAAAUCCCUACUUCUUUAACCGUCGCCUUGGUCCAAUGCUUAAGGGAAACAAUGUUCUUCAAGAGGUGUGGACAAAAGUUAGCAAGAACCUGGCCUCCCAGCCGGAGACUGACCAGUCAUUGGAUGAUAUCAUAGCUCCAGAUUUUGCCAAAGAUGCUUCUUGGAUGAACCUUCAAGCCGAAGCAGAAUUCGUGGCACUUGAGCUAGAAGAAUUAGUUUUUGAUGAGCUUUUAGAUGAAGUUCUUUGUUUGUGAGAGAGUAGUUUAGGCCAAAUAGAUUGCUUCCUAAUAUAAGGGUUGAUUGCUCCCACAGCCUCUUUCUGUUCCUAACUUACUACAAUUCAACAAUACAUGAAUCUUGUUCAUUCAUAGAAUGUGGCUUGUUGAUGAAAUCCAUGUUCAUAAAUAAACAAGAUUUCAUAAAUGUAGAAUUACAAUUGUAGAAUAUAUGGACACUUGAAUUGGUCGGCCUUGUACAUAAAGUUUUGUUUUUUUAUUGAAAAAAAUUAUAUGAU